CCUUCGGAGCCGGUCGACGAUUCGACCUCAUCUUUGCCAGCGUCCUUCGCGUUUACACAACGACGCCCAUGUCGAUGGCCGAGGAAACUAGAUUCGCGGGUGCACGGGAUUGCGCAAAGCCUCACCCUGAUGGAUAGCAAACUCGAACCUGGGCCAUGUUCAACUUUUUCUCGUCUCCUCGCCUAUUCUCUACUACACCACCACUUCUCUCUCACACAUCUCAACAUGAUCCAUUCUCCACAUCAACACAGCCAACAUGCAUCCGUCAAUCGCUAGGUUUGCUCGAAUCGUUCCUGCACGACGAACAUUGAUCCCCAUCUACAGUCAUCGAAGAAUCCAGGAUCCGCACCGAUAUCCUUACACAUCACCUUUUGUGGCCAAAGUCGACCAAGAGGCCUUGGAAGAAGUCAUGAAGAACAUCGUACAAUUGCCAAAAGUCAACGAGGAGUUGCAAAAAGCCAACGGGGAGUCGGAAGCGCUUAUGGAGAAGCUUAUUAUCCAGUUGCAACUCCAAUUGCAACGCGCCGAACGUCGAUCGUUCUGGGGGCUCUUCUUCUAGAUCGAGAACGCUAUCAAAUAUAAGUCAUUCUGACUCCAAGCCUGU